AUGGAUUCUAAUGAAGAGGAAUAUGGUACGACGUUUUUAAAAUCGGAUAGAAACAAACCAAAUGAGAAUACAGAUUAUGAAAUGAAAACAACUAAUCAAGACAAAAAGAGGGAAACAAAUAGAAGAAAUAAACUAUCUAAGGUUAAGAAAUGGAUAAUGAAUUUGGAUAAUUUAUUUGUUACAUUCACUGUAUUAGCUGUUAUAUUGGGUAUGACAAUUGGUUUAUUAGUUAAAAUUUAUGCAUCACCAUCACCAAGAACAAUCUAUCUUUUAUCAUUUCCUGGUGAAUUAUUAAUGAAUAUGUUAAAAAUGUUAAUUAUACCAUUGAUUGUAUCUAGUUUAAUAGCAGGACUUGCUGGUUUAGAUCCAAAAUCAAGCGGAAAAAUUGGCUCAUAUGCAUUGAUUUAUUAUGUAGUAACUACAAUGCUUGCAGUUAUACUUGGUAUUGGUCUAGUUUUAUGCAUACAUCCAGGUGAUACAUCAAUUAAAGAUGAAAUAGGCGAAGGAACAAUAGAGGAACGUAGACCUGAAACAUUGGAUUCUUUACUGGAUUUAUUAAGAAAUCUAUUUCCAGAAAAUGUAGUACAAGCAUGUUUACAGCAACAACAAAGUAGUUACGUCACAGUUGUUAAGCGUCCAAAGUAUAUUCGAUUAACGGAUGGAAACAAUGGUACAUUGAAUAUGGAAAACGAAACAAAACUUAUCAGCUAUGAAGCUAUAAAACCGAAAUAUGUGGAUAGUACUAAUGUUUUAGGAUUGGUGUCAUUCUCAAUUAUAUUUGGUAUAAUACUUGGUCAAAUGGGUGAUCGUGCUGUAACUAUGGUACAAUUCUUCUCUGUUCUUAAUGAAGUUGUCAUGAGAAUGGUACAAGUUAUUAUGUUAUAUUCACCAUUUGGUAUAUUCUUUCUAAUAUUAAGUAAAAUGUUAGAAAUUGAAAAUUUAAGUGAUACAGCAAAAGCAUUAGGUUUAUAUAUGAUAACUGUAGUUACUGGUUUGGCUAUACAUUUACUUGGUACAUUAGCAUUACUCUAUUAUUCGGUAACAAGAAAAAAUCCAUUCACAUUCUAUAAAGGUUUAUUUCAAGCUUGGAUUACAGCACUUGGAACUGCAUCCAGUGCAGCUACCCUACCAAUUACAUUUCGUUGUUUAGAACAAAAUCUAGGCAUUGAUAAACGUGUAACACGUUUUGUUCUACCUAUUGGUGCAACAAUCAAUAUGGAUGGAACUGCACUUUAUGAAGCUGUUGCAUCAAUUUUUAUUGCACAAAUUAAUGGAAAAUAUUUGACAAUUAUUGAAGUAUUUAUUGUAAGUUUAACAGCAACAUUGGCAGCAAUAGGAGCGGCGAGUGUUCCAAGCGCUGGUUUAGUUACUAUGAUGUUAGUGCUUACAUCUGUUGGAUUGCCUACAAAAGAUAUUUCUUUAAUUUUAGCGGUUGAUUGGUUACUUGAUCGAAUUCGUACUUCAAUCAAUGUAAUGGGUGAUGCAGUUGGAGCUGGUAUAGUUAAUCAUUUAUGUUAUAAAGAAUUAGCUCAAAAAGAUGCUGAAAUUGAUAAAGAAAUAGAUGAAGCUGUAGGAGAAUAUACACGUGAAUUAUCUAAUGUAACUAAUAUAACAGAUCGUGAAAAACGUAAUUCAUCUAGUAUAGGUCGUCAUAGUAAAAAACGUAUGAGUUUAGCUGCAGCAAUGCGUUUACAAGAAAAUACAUCACCACUUGGUACAGUUAUGCCAAAUCAAUCAACAAUAAAUGAACCAGAAUCACCAACAUCUAAAUCAUAUUUACCAAUGAAUAUACAUCCAAAUGAUAAAAAUUAUAAUUAA